GUUGACAUUUGAGAAAGACCUAGAGACACCCGUUUGGCUGAUAAUAGAGAAACCAGAGGGACAUGUUGACGAUGACAUCGCUGAAGAUGUGCAGCCUCCUCCUCCUCCUCCUCCUAACCACCGUUCCCACGGUAACUGAAGUGGUCAGGUCGAUGUCGGACUGUGAAGGGUUUCUCCUCGACGAAACUCCACCAAAUGUCCCGGGAAUCUUGGAGGGAGGGAACAUCUUGGACCAGAACCGAUACAAACCCAUUUGCCAGACCUUUGAAGCCAAAAGAUGUUUUGUGACGCUCUACGACACCACGAACAGGAUUCCCGUGUUUUCUGCCUACAAGUACACCGGGUCAGAGGGCAAGAGACCCAGAGACAUUUGGAGAAUAGAACUACAGCUUGAGGACAUUACUGAUCUCAAAAACAUGUGGCUGGCGGCCUUCGAAAACCAGGCUCUGUAUGAUGAUUACAACAAACAAGGGUUCGACAAAGGGCAUCUGUUUCCAAGUUCUUAUGGAUUGACUGAAAAAGAUAAGGAAUCUACUUUUGCCCUUACCAACAUCGUUCCACAAGUAGGCACAUUCAAUCAGGGAAGCUGGAGCCGAAUGGAGAAAUGUGUCAAAUGUGUUCUGGAUAAAUACUGUGUCAACAGCACUGGUCUUAAAGAAGCCUUUUUGGUAACUGGAGCACAGCCCGGCCUUAACAACAUUAACAACAGGGUUAAUAUUCCUUCCAGGCUCUGGUCAGCAUUCUGCUGCUACAGUGAGAAGGAGAAGGGUUGGUUAGCAAGUGCACACUGGGGUGAAAACAGCCCUAAUACUACAGAUGAAUAUCUGCAGACUAAGACCUUGGCAGAGCUCCAGGAUGAGCUGGGAAUACAAGGGUUUCCUGGAAUAAAAUGUCCUCUCCAGACAACUGUCACUCCCUUAUAUCCAAAACUUGAAAAAAAAGAGUGUAAACUUGCAUGCCCAAAACCCAUUCCAACCACCACUACCUCUCCAAGUUCAACUUCUGUCCCUAUUUCCACCUCAUCUGCCCCUCUGUCCACCACAUCUGUCCCUAUUUCCACCUCAUCUGCCCCUCUGUCCACCACAUCUGCCCCUCUGUCCACCACAUCUGCCCCUCUGUCUUCCACAUCUGCCCCUCUGUCCACCACAUCUGCCCCUCUGUCCACCACAUCUGACCCUCUGUCCACCUAAUCUGCCCCUAUGUCCACCACA